ACGAAAUCCCUCCUGAUGAACCACGUCACUACAGUCCCAGCAAGGAUUGUGAAGAAGAAAGUAAAGAGGGUAAAGACUGUGAUGAAACUCUGAGAAAGACGGAUAAUACGGAAAACCACAGACACUUAUUAGAAAACAGAAUUGUGCAUUCAGCACAUGAAAACCCUCAGGUGGACCUCCCACAGAAAGAUACCAACAAUAACGGCGAUGAUUUCAACAGCUAUCAGGAGCUCGUGGCUAAGUCACUUCAAGAUCUGGGGAAAAUAGCUGAAGAUGCAGGAAUACAGAGGAGUGUUGAAAGCCAUUUAAAUGACAGUGGGGUGCAGUCACUGGAGGGAGAAAGUGAUGGAGAUGAAAGAAAUGCAUCUGAAAUCCUCACUAAAGAUGAGGCAACUGCAUGUGAGAAAGAAACAGUUCCACACUACUCAUGUGCAGAAAGUACUCACUUUCCUUCUGAGAAUAUUUAUGAUAAUUCUGACCAGCCCCAAGAUUUAUCCAAACCAUCCACCAAGAAUGAAUUCAAGCCCCUUUCAAUCCAGGUUUAUAAUCUGGGCUGUAAACCUACAGACAUUUUAAAAGCAAAAGGGAAGGAAUGUGAGAUGAAAGAUAUUGUCCCGCAGGAGCCAGCCCAGCAGAGCAGAGCGAACAACGUUGGCGAAACACUAAAUGCACAGCCGCGCCUUCCUGUAAACGACAUGCGGUCUCCAAUGACUGACGAUGACUGUACUUCCCAGCCGUCCACGACCACAGAGGACUCAGAGGACUUUAACGCAGCAAAGGGGAACCUUAGUCUCCUAGAGCAGGCUAUAGCUCUGCAGGCAGAGCAGGGGUACAUCAUAAAGGGAACGCACAAGGAAAAUGAAAGGAUCUUACUGGAGAAGCUAACAGCGGAAAGGCAACUUUGCAAGACUAUUGACAUUGGCAUCAGGAAAGGUUUCUCCAGCAGAGAUUCUAUUAGGUCUGACAAAAAGGAAUCCAAAUGUCCCACUCCAGGGUGUGAUGGCAGUGGCCACAUCACAGGACUAUAUCCGCACCAUCGUAGCUUCUCGGGUUGUCCUCAUAAAAUGAGGGUGCCCCCAGACAUCCUUGCAAUGCAUGAGAAUGUGCUCAGGUGCCCAACUCCAGGCUGCACGGGAAGAGGACACGUGAACAACAACCGCAACUCGCACCGAAGUCUCUCAGGUUGCCCGAUUGCUGCAGCGGAGAAACUGGCCAAAUCACAAGACAAACCGAAUGAUCUCACAAGGAUUGGACAAAGCUCAGACCAAAUGCUGAGGCCAAUGUGUCUGGUGAAGCAAAUGGAGAUCGCACACUUCAGCUAUGGAUCAACGCAGCCCAUUAGCACCUGCCAUACCAACAUAUCUAAGGAACUAGACAAAUAUACUAAGGCUCCAUUUGAUUAUGCCAGCUUUGAUGCACAAGUAUUUGGAAAACACACAGUAUCUUCAAAAGUUCAAGAAUGGGAAGCUGUUCAAUUUUGUGAAUCCAACCAGUUUACAAGUCCAGUGGCUUAUUCCAGCCGAGUGCCCAGGGCUUCCGUUCAAAGUCCAUGCCAGUCCGGUAUCUACAGUUAUAUUCAGGAUACUGAAACCACUCAUAUAGCAGCUGCGGCCAUCCUCAAUCUAUCCACACGCUGUAGAGAGAUGCCACAGAACCUUUCCACGAAGCCACAGGAUUUGUCAACUAAGAGCACAGACAUAGAAGUGGAUGAAAAUGGAACCCUGGACUUAAGCAUGAACAAAAAUAGAAACCGGGAUAAAGUCACCACUCACAGUUCUCUGGGAACCACGCCAGAAUCUCCUCCAUCAUACCUAAAUAGUAUCUUGAUAACUCCACAGUACUACCAAGCACUGUGUGAGCAAGAGGGAUGGGUUUCACCUGUUAACUACUCUAAAGCACAAAUAGAGAAGGAAGAGGAUAAAGAGAGAGAAGACUUUGGCCCAAACGAUGGAAUGGAAGAGAGAAGAUAUCCUGGUGAGGUUACUGUUCCGAGUCCUCAUUCCAAAGUUCCAUGCAAGGAGUCAAAGAAAGAGCUCAUCACUUGCCCUACCCCGGGAUGUGAUGGAAGUGGCCAUGUAACUGGAAAUUAUGCAUCACACCGAAGUGUAUCUGGCUGUCCUUUGGCUGAUAAAAGCCUCAAGAGUCUAAUGGCUGCAAGUUCCCAGGAAUUGAAAUGUCCUACGCCUGGUUGUGAUGGCUCUGGUCAUGUGACUGGAAACUAUGCUUCACACAGAAGCCUUUCUGGAUGCCCACGAGCAAAAAGAGGUGGAAUUAAGCUAACCCCCAGUAAAGAUGACAAAGAAGACUCAGAGUUAGUGAGGUGCCCAGUGAUAGGUUGCGAUGGGCAAGGUCACAUAUCUGGCAAGUAUUCAACACAUCGGAGUGCAUCAGGGUGCCCGUUAGCUGCAAAAAGACAAAAGGAGGCUUCGUUGAAUGGACCCCAAUUCCCUUGGAAGUCAGGCAAAGCUGAUGGUACAACCUGCCCCACACCAGGCUGCGAUGGAUCCGGUCACAUCAAUGGCAGUUUUGUCACCCACAGAAGUUUGUCAGGGUGUCCCCGAGCUUCAUUAGCACUGAAGAGAAGCAAACCACCAGGUGAUGAAAUGAUGACCAUCAAGCUCAGGGCAAGUAGCGGAGCUGAAAACAACGAAAUCAAUCAUUUGGAUGAUGAGAUUAAAGAGCUGAAUGAAUCAAAUUUAAAAAUGGAAGCAGAUAUGAUAAAACUUCAGACACAGAUUACUUCCAUGGAGAGCAAUUUGAAAACAAUUGAGGAGGAGAAUAAACUAAUUGAGCAGCACAAUGAGAGUUUGUUAAAGGAAUUAGCUGGUCUGAGUCAGGCCCUUAUUAACAGCCUCGUUGACAUCCAACUCCCACAAAUGGAGCCCAUCAGCGAACAGAAUUUUGAUUUGUACGUGAACACUCUGACUGAGAUGUACAGCAGCUUGGAGAGGAAUUACACUCCUGAAAGCAAAGCCCUUCUGGAAAGCAUAAAACAAGCAGUAAAGGGUAUCCAGGUGUGAAACUUAUCCGUUCCAGUUUCCUGGUGCUGCUUCUGUAAAUGCUAAUGACAUUUUUUUAACUUAUAGGCAUUACACUUCAGCUUCUAAUGUUGAUCGCACAUGUAAUAGAGGCAAGUUUUAGAAAAUGCAAACUUCACAUUUACAACAGCCACUUUGCAAGACAAAAUAAAAACCGUAAACGACUGUACUUUGAUGUUAUCCUAAACAAAAACUAAGUAACGCUAAUUGAAGCAUAAUAAUACAUUGCCAUUUUGUCAACGCUCUGAGAUGAUGUUGCAGAAAUCAACAUAGAAGCUGAUUUUGGAAAUACAAACUGUCAUGUUACAUACAAAAAAGAGUAGACUUGGAAUUAUGUAGUACAGGUAUUGGCCUUUGAAGUAUAACUUGAUCACCUAAAAUGGCCCUCUCUGCAACCUCAGCAGAGAUGAUAACCUAUUUAGAUAAAUGGUGUCUCGCCCCCCCCCCCCCCCCCCCCCCCCCCGCACCCUUGCUAAAACAGCAGAGGAACGAAUUGCAAACAGGUUAAGUGUAUGUACCUUAAGGUCCAAUUGCACAAUUUUAGGGCUGCUUAUUUUAAAUAUUUUCAACCACAUGCACCAUGUGCAAUAAGUAAAGAAGAAUGUUGUGUAGUGAUAAUUUUUUAUCGUUUUCAUAUCUAGUUUAUGUAGGCCUAUAAUAGGACAUUACAUUUUUAAACACAAAUUGGAAGGCAUGACAGCAUUGAAAACACUGCACUUACUUAAGAAACGUUCCUCUUGCACCAAUUUCAUUUUUUAAAUAUAUAAUUUGUUGUAAAAAGUGAGUGAUUAGGUUAUUUUUGUAAUACAUUAUUAUUUAUUUGUUUUAAUUUAAGGUUUUUUGUUUUAAUAAUGAAGUUAAAAUUGCAUAUUUUAACGUUAUUUAGUAAUGGUUUUCGGGGAAAAAUGUAUAAAAUCAUUCCGCUUACCUGGAUUAUAAAACAAGAAAAAUAAACAUUUUUUAAUAAGUUACAUUUACUUUUGGGCUCCCAAAGCAAAUAACAAACAUUUUUUUCUGAAUUUCAAACAAAAACUUUUUUGUUCCGGUCACUUGUGUUCUGAUAGAUUUAUUUUCUUAUUAUUGUGUUUAGCUAGAUAUAUAUAUUCUUUACUUUUUAUAUUGCAUUUUAUUAUGACCUGCAAAGCAAUCAAUUAUAAAAUUCAUGCAAAAGGAAAGUCUAAUGUAAAACACUGUCCUCUUGUGGCAACAUAGAUUUGGUACAACUGUUUUACAAAACACGCUCAUCCUUGCAGCAGUCCAUGACGGAUGCACGCUGCAUUUUAGGGACCACUGCACAGUAACAGAGAUGCUAUGGACGAGAGGAAUCUCAAAAAUUGCUUGUUGUGAAAAUGUUUUUAUGGAUUUUUUUUAAACUGUAAAAUCUCCAAUUUCUUGUACACUAUAUUAGAUCAUGAAUUCACUACAAACUGCCUUUGUGUGUGAAAGGCAUGUGUGGGCAUCCAUGCGUAUCACAUGCACAUCUAUGCAUGCAUAUUUUCUUAUGCUUGCAUAUGCUUGAAUGGGUCCAAGUGUGCACAUGUAUUUGUGUUUACUGAUUGAAGCUGACGGUUAAAAAUGAUUGGAAAUACUUGCCUGUUAAUUUUGCAUAUUUAUUUCAGUUAAUGAAACACAGAUUGUGACAAUUUUUUAAUAAUUAGUGGUGCUAGUUAUGACGUUUGUUCUUCGCAAGUUAAAAUAUGUUCUGUGGAAUGUUUUUUUUCUAAAAUAUAUUAAUCAAAGGGCUCUGCCUGUGAAUUUCUUUUCAUGCACUGUCAAUUAUGACCAUCUCAUAUGUUCUUUCUACAGUUGGUUCUGCAUUACUUUAUAUUCAAUGUGAAUGUUACUAGGGUUAUCACAUGGCCGCUGAACCUAGUUCUGACCAAAGUCAUUACAUAUUUUAAGCAGUGUGGAACUUUAAUUACUUUGAUGGGAUUCUUUUUGGAUUAUUCAUGAGGGACAAUACAGCAUUAAAGUUCUGAAAAUGCUCCAGAAAUAGUUCAAGUAUCAUUGUUUACAAUGGCAAUACCAAUUCAAUAUCAUUGCAAUAAAUAAUAUUAAAUUUACUAUCAUUAAAUAUUAUCAGCUCUAUGGCCUGCGACAAUAGACAAUACGUGCAGGAGUAUGCCAUUCGGCCCUUCAAGCCAGCACCGCCAUUCAAUGUGAUCAUGGUUGAUCAUCCCCAAUCAGUA